AAAGAAAGAAAAGAAAAACUGUUGUGGGGAAGAUUCUAUUAGCAUAGUUGGAUGCCUCUUCCAGCCUCUUGUUUGAUAGCAUUCCUGUCACUCAAAGUCAAAGAGGUGUGCUCUUAGUCCCUAUCCAAUCAGGGAUGCUCCAAUAUGAACUGUCCAAUCAGAUGCACAGCCAGAAAGAAGAAGGUGGCACCCGGGUUUCUGCGCAGCUUUUGUUUCUUGAGUUGGACUCUGAUGUGAGGCCUCCUCUUCAGCUGUUCCAUUUCCUGGAGAUCCCAAGUGUCUGUGCAGCAGCCUCUGUCACCCUGUGACCUGCAGGUACUGGGAGAUCUGUAGGGAGGACACCGGGACAUCCCAGGAGCUGGGAAAUGGGAGUGUUGACAUUCAAGGAUGUGUCUAUUGAAUUCUCUAUGGAAGAGUGGGCCUGCCUAAACUCUGCUCAGCAGCAUUUGUAUCAGGAAGUCAUGUUAGAGACCUACAGAAACCUGGUCUUUCUGGGUCUUGCUGUCUCUAAGCCAGAACUCAUCACUUGUCUGGAGCAAAGCAAAGAACCCUGGAACAUUAAGACACACCAGACACUAGUCAAGCACCCAGAGAUGAUCCUGAGCAGAUAUCAAAGCUGUGGCUCUGAGAAUUUAAACUUAACAAAAAACUGGGAAUGUGUAUUUGAGCGUGAUCAGCAGAAGUUAUGUUACACAGGACUUUACCAAUGUUUAACAGCUACCUAUGGAAAAGUCUUCCAAUGUAGUAAUUCUUUGAACACCUUCAGACAAUUGUCAAAUCUAAAUAGACAAACAAUGAUAUACACCUUAGAGAAAAGUUUUAAUUGUAAAAGGUAUGGGAAAGCCUCUAACUUCUGCUCACAUGUUAUGGAACAUAAGAUAACUCAUAUUGGAAAAAAACAGUCCAAAUGGAAAAAAGGUAGCCAAGUUUGUCAGUCUUGUUCAAGAUUCCAUACUGGAGAGAAACUGGAGAAGUGUGAAAAUGAUGGCAAAUGUCUUAGCGAUGGUUCAAAAUAUUGUAACCAUGAGAAUUUUGAUACUGCAGAAAAAACCUGCAACUACAAGGAAUGUAACAAACACACCAAGCAAAACUCACACGUUUCUGGACAAAAAAAACUUGAUUCUGGAGAGAAACUCUUCAAAUGUGAAGAAUGUGGCAAAACCGUUAACCAGCAAACUCUCCUCUUUAGACAUCAAAAAGUUCAUUCUGGAGAGAAACCCUAUGGAUGUGAAGAAUGUGGCAAAGCCUUUAAAUACCACUCAGAGCUUUCUAGACAUCAAAGAAUU